AUGGGGUCAUCUUCAGGAUCAGUUGCGCGGCGCGCAGUAAACAGCAACUCGCAUUGCGGACGAGAGAUCGCGCUGCGGUCGCAACCGCAGUUCGCGCGCGUCCGCGACCGCCAGGUGGCUCUGCAGUCGCCGCGCAGCCGCGAGACUGCGGCGCUACUGCGCAGGCGCGCCGGCCGACCAAUGGCGCGCCGCGGCGCGAAAUCCCCGCGGCCGAGCCGGCAAGCCGAGCGACUGGUCUUCCACUCCGCGUUUGACCGUCGUGCGCGCGACGUCAAACCCGCACAAGUCUUUUCUUCCCCACUUCUUCUCAUCCUUCCGGACUCUUCCCGAGCCGACAGGGGAGAAGCGCGCGCCUGUGUCGGUUCGAUCCCGGGACGCCGGCGUACAAGGACACCAGACGCCAAGUGCCCUGUGACUCGAGGGUGGACCCGCCCCCGCCACCUCCAGUGUGACCGCCCCCCACCCACGUGCCACCAUGGGUGGCGCGCCCUCCCCCACCAUGCUCUCCACCGCCACGACCACCACCAUCACCACCACGGUGCCCGUGGUGCUUCUGCUCGUCUCCGCCGCGUGCCUGUCUCCAAUCUCUGCACAGGUGAGUGGGCGCUAGCAACAUCGCUUCAGAUGCGACAACCAUCUGUUCGGUACUGUCUCAGAAACCACCUCAAAAUCGUGAGUACUCCCAAGUCGGACAUAUUUAACAUUGCAGUCCAUAGGCAUGCUGGUACAUUUUUAGCGUUCUUCGCAGCUUGA